AGUUUCCCUGCAUUUUUGUGGUAGACUUGUAUAGAUGGAUCUAUAAAUAUCGGGACACUGUGAAUGUACUUAUGACACUCUAAAGUGAAAUGUUUCUUGUUUACACGAGUUUUUGUGUAAUGUGAUGUAAACACCGAGAAUUCCAGGGAUUGCUGAAUUAGAUAUAGAUGUGUGUUGUGAAUUAUUUGUUAUGUGCACCUCCUUUAUCAUGUAACAGACCUUCAACAGUUUGGAGAGGAGUAUUUUUUUAUACUAACUACUAACUACCCUAGUUCUCACAGUGGAGAGAGCAGUGUCUUAUGAGUCAGCUUUGCUGCCUUUAAAUGUCAUUAAUUGUGCUUCAUUCUGCUUGGCAUUUCUGAGCCUACAUAAGGAAGGGAUUUAUUAAAUUUCUUCCUUUGAAAUGUUCUGUUAGCUUUCUCCAAAGGAAGUGCAGGCGUAGACUAAUUUCAAUAUGUUUUGUGAUUGAUAUACAGGCUUUGUCCUCAAGUUAUGUCAAUAUUCAAAGGUCAAAGGGCAAAAUGAUAUAUGGGGGUUACACCUUGUAAUCGGGACAGGAUAGUUGAGAGCCUGAGAGGGUAUCGGACCUCCGUCCUUCAGGUUGGGACUUGGAUGUCAGAUAUCAAAUGAGGAAGAUUAAAGAUAAAAUUACCUUUGUGAGCUAGUGUGUUGAACACUGUUUACAUAAGUGCAGAAUCUACAAAUACUGAUAGUUACAUUUAUCAUUAGUGGGCAAGUAUACUAAACAAUAGAGGCAUUCGUAAUUAUAAAUUUUCCUAAGAAGUGGAAGGUAAUUCGGUACAAUGUCUAAGAAAAUAAUUGGGAAGAAUCUCUCUGAGGUCAGCCUAAAUGACAAUCUUCCUGAGAAACUGAAAUCGAUGGGGGUGGAGGACGCGUUCCGAGCGAGGUCCGCGAGGAAACGCCACAGCAUCCAGCUGGACCGACGGAUCAGCCUACAACUCCAGGAGCGGAGGUCCAGCAACGCCAGCUCCACCAGCGAGACGGCGGACUCUGUAUCUUCGUACACGGGGAGUUCUUCUGACGAGGAUGAAAUUAACCCCAGAGAUAAGAAUCAGAAAAACACCAAAGGCAGCUCGGAUUUCUGUGUAAAGAAUAUCGACAAUGCCGCAUUUGGAAGAAGAGAGAUUGAAAUUGCUGAGCAAGAGAUGCCUGGUCUGAUAGCCCUCAGAAAAAGAGCAGAGAACGACAAGCCACUUAGUGGGGCCAAAAUUAUAGGCUGUACCCACAUCACAGCACAGACUGCCGUGCUUGUGGAAACUUUAGCAGCUCUUGGGGCCUCAGUAAGGUGGGCAGCCUGCAAUAUCUACUCUACACAGAAUGAAGUGGCGGCUGCGUUAGCGGAAGCUGGCUUCCCGAUCUAUGCGUGGAAAGGCGAGACGGAGGAGGACUUCUGGUGGUGUAUAGACAAAUGUAUCAACUCCGAGGGCUGGCAACCUAACAUGAUUUUGGAUGAUGGAGGUGACGCCACCCAUCUGAUGUUAAAGCGUUACCCUGCCAUGUUUAACAUGAUUAAGGGAAUUGUAGAGGAGAGCGUGACAGGCGUACAUCGUCUUUAUCAGCUCUCCAAGUCCGGAAAACUCACCGUCCCAGCCAUGAACGUCAAUGACUCCGUCACUAAGACAAAGUUUGAUAAUCUUUACAGCUGUAGGGAAUCUAUCCUCGAUGCAUUAAAACGCACGACUGAUGUCAUGUUUGGUGGAAAACAAAUUAUCAUCUGUGGUUAUGGAGAGGUUGGAAAAGGUUGUGCAUCAGCUCUCAAAGGACUUGGUUGUAAUGUAAUGGUGUCAGAGAUUGACCCAAUCUGUGCCCUCCAGGCUUGCAUGGAUGGUUUCCGAGUGACCAGGCUGGAUGAAGUGGUCAAGAGUAUUGAUAUCCUCAUCACCUGUACAGGAAACAAGAAUGUUGUAACAAGGAAUCAUAUGGACAAAAUGAAGACUGGUUGUAUAGUAUGUAAUAUGGGUCAUUCCAAUACAGAAAUUGAUGUGGGUUCCCUGAGGACUCCUGACCUUACCUGGGAGAAGGUGAGAUCACAGGUAGACCACAUUAUCUGGCCCGACGGAAAGAGGAUCAUUCUGCUAGCAGAGGGUCGCCUUGUUAACCUAAGCUGUUCUAGUGUCCCCUCUUUUGUGGUGUCCAUUACAUCAGCGACUCAGGCCUUAGCUCUGAUAGAACUAUACAAUGCUCCACAGGGCCGCUACAAACAGGACGUCUAUCUACUGCCAAAGAAAAUGGAUGAAUAUGUAGCAAGUUUACACCUGCCCACAUUUGAUGCCCACUUAACUGAACUGUCAGAUGAUCAGGCAAAAUACUUAGGUCUGAAUAAGACAGGUCCAUUCAAGCCAAAUUAUUACAGGUAAGAGAAUAACAGGUAUCACAUAUUGUAAUUCACGAUAGG